AUUAGAGAUUGUGGAUCAUGGACACAGUUAGCUAGCGAAGCUAAUCUUCAAUCUUUAAACUCAUACAUUAGAGGAAAUAACAGUUACGAAAUUGAGAUUUUCACACAGUUACAGAAAGAAUCAGGCCUUCAACAAAAGGGGCCAACGCUAACUGAUGUUGAAAACUGAUGCUGACAUCUGUUCUAACUCAGUUGCUCAGUUACACCAGAAUGGUCGACGACUUCGAGAGUCAGCAGGUCCGGUCCAGCGGGGAUCUGUGGUCCGAAAUCUGCUCCAGUCUGCCGGAGGUGCGAGCUGAAGCAACUCCGGAGAACAGCACGGAGUUCAAAGAUUCAUUCCAGCCAGCAGCACAAGUCGGUGUGCAGGUCAAUGGACAGUCAAAUGGGACAAAUACCAGUUCUUCUAGCGCCAAAUGGGAACCCAUGGAGGAUUCUGAGAUCUACAUAGCCAGUUUAGAGAACCGCCUAAAGAAACUAAAGGGCCAGUCCAGUGAUGUGACCUCCAGGGACAUGUUGCGCUCCUUGUCUCAAGCUAAGAAAGAAUGCUGGGAUAGAUUUCUGCACGACGCCCAGACCUCAGAGCUCUUCCAAGGCGGUGACAUGGAUGAGAGUGCUAUUGAACACUUCAAAAGGUGGUUGAUUCCUGAAAAGGUGGCCAUCAGCGCAGAGGAGCUGGAAUAUCUCCUGAGGCCGUCUCAGAAUAAGGAAGCAGCUGAACCAAACCACACGCAGAACGACAAGGACACGGAGGGAGAGAGACACAACCCUGAGGAAGAUGACUCUCACAGCCCGGAGAAAUGAGUGUGUUAAAAUAGUAACACUGAAAGAAGAACUAAUUUGGUGUGCAUUCAGUAGGGGUGACUUGUUACCCCCCCCCCACGCUCAUUUUGAGCUGCGUUAUGUCAUGGCAGUGUUUUGGCCAAAGCUUUUGUUAACAGCGGUCAUAGAAGCAAUUACAGCUUGUCAUCAUCCUCUGUAUCCCAAGCAACUGAGUGUUAAGUACUUAUUCAGUCACAUGUGUUUUGUCCUUGCUAUUCAUCCCUUCAACAAGAUCAUACUGUGAAAAUACAUAAUAAAGAAUUUGACAUUAGACUUGUUUGUCCUGUAGGAGCAGAAUUAGCAUCUAGUCUGUGUAGUGACUCUCACUAUAUCUGUUAGAAAGACUGGCUUUCUACUUUUAAUACAUAUGCAAAGGCUAAUGAAGGACCACAUGCAGUAUCAUGUUGUGAAUUAGACUCGUAUGACGUAAGCAAUGCAUAAUCUUUCAGAGACAUUAUUUUUCUGUUUUUAAAAAUUGUGACAUCUAGAGUAGGAAUAUAUUCUUGAAAAUAUUGUAACAUUGUGUAACAUCUUGAUUUUUACCAUGUUGAUUUUACAUAUGAACUUUUACCCGUGUUUCAAUAAAAACAAGUAGAAUGGA